AAUCGAUUGAAAUGAUCGACAUUCUCGAUAAGUUCAUGUCAUAAGAACAUAACUUAAUGGAAUACCAGUUCCCGGCUAUCAAUCGGUAUAACCUAUACACCACAGAGUUCCUCUUCAUUUCAUUUGUAGCUAUUCAUCUUACCUUAUAAGGAAAAAUUCGUUUAAUCAGUAAACGCUUCAUUUUCUUCAUACGAGGUAAAAUAUAUUAGUUUUAAACAAUGUCUGAUCCUCGUAUAAGAACUCUAAAAAUUAAAACUGGAGUAGUGAAACGUCUCGCGAAAGAAAAAGUCACGUAUGAGAAAGAAGCAGCACAGCAACGUGAAAGAAUACAGAAAUUAAAAGAACAGGAUAAGGACGGUUAUGAUAUAAAAAAACAAGAAGAAGUACUUCAAGAGUCUCUCAUGAUGGUACCAGAUUGUCAACGACGUCUUGUGAAAGCUUUCGAAGAAUUAAAAAAAAUUUUGGACACGGAACAAGAUUUAAAAGAGGUUGAAGUUUAUGUUGAAGCAGAGAAAGUGUUACAAGAAGCAGAAGCUCAACUUCCUAAAGAGGGAGAAAUUAUGGAAAUUAUCAAGCAAUUAUGUUUAAUAAUCAAAAUUGUUUAGAGGAUCCUACACAGAGUUGCAGGGAUCCUUGUUAUGAUAUGUCUUAUCCAAUGACUCAAUCUAUUUAUAACGCCAGUUACAAUAUGAAUGUAUACCAAAAUUAUAUUUAUUCAGUUGAUACAUCUAAUAAUGAGAAUGCAACAUCAAUAAUUAACCUGGGAAGACGACAAGCUGACAAAAAUGAUAUUGAAAAUUUUCUCCUGGAAGUUAAUCAGCCUAAUAAUAUAAAUGACCAGAGAAAUACAUGCAGAAAAUCUAAAAUUGCUAUAACUAAAAAUGCUCUAACAUCAGCGUAUAAAUUAAAUGAAAAAUUGAAAACAAUUUGUGCUGAGCUUAAAAAUAGUCAACAUUUGACAGAAGAAGAAUGGCAACAAAAGAUAAGUAUCUGUAACACUGCAAAAGAAGAAAUUGUUAAGCUAUUAAAGCCUAUUAGAGAUGAAUAUUUUUUAAAUCAAUUAAAAAAAGAUUUAGAAAAACGCAAGAAAAAGAGAUUGAGAGAAAAAAUUAAAAAAGAAAAGUGGCAAAACGAAAAACUAAUGAAAAUGGAAAGACGAGCAAGUAUGCAUGCACAAAUUGAUUCGUGGAUUAGGAAAGAACAAGCUGUAAUAGAGAAAGAAAAACAAGAGGAAAAUUUACGUAAAGAUGCAGAUAUGAUUCUAUUCGAUGUUAGAGGGAAAAGAACCGAUGCUAGAAAAUAUCUUGGACUGUUACAAGAAUUACGAAAUUUGCGAAAUGUUAAAGCCAAUAUUGCCAGAGCUAGAGGGGAACAUUUAUCUUCAGCAGCUGACAAAGCAUUUAAUAAUAUUAUUGCAAAAUUAAUAGAACAAUGGUCGAUGCUUGAUCGUGAGUAUUCUAUAGAAGAACAGAAUCUAAGAUUAAUGUUAAAGAAUGACAAUGAAGAAAGAAUUGAAAAACAGAAAAGGAGCCUUUUCGAUGAGUGGGAAAAAGUACUGUUCGAAACGAAAAUAAUAUCUGACCAGUAUGACACAGAUUUUACCAAACUUAUUACUAUAAGAACUGCUUGGGAUAAGUAUAUAAGCACAGACAGUGAUGCAUCAGCCAUACCAAUUGGAUGGAUAAUGCCUCAUAAACCAUCCUCUGCUGCCUGGCAAAAAUGCCUCAAAAAAGAAAUUUCGUAAAUAAACUAAUAGCAUUCAAUUUUAGACUCUAG